CACGUGUCCACGCCGCCCGCCGCCCUGGGUGGGGGUCACGUGUCUGCUUUACGCAGGUUGCGAGGUGACGCCGCCGCCCAUAGUUACCCGGCGCCGUGAGGGGAAGAUGGGUUUGCUGUCCAUACUGCGCAAAUUGAAGAGUGCUCCUGAUCAGGAGGUUAGAAUUCUCCUUCUAGGUUUGGACAAUGCAGGGAAAACAACAUUACUCAAACAGUUGGCUUCAGAAGACAUUAGUCACAUCACACCUACACAGGGGUUUAAUAUCAAAAGUGUGCAGUCUCAAGGUUUCAAAUUGAACGUGUGGGAUAUUGGAGGACAGCGAAAAAUUAGACCGUAUUGGAGGAACUACUUUGAAAAUACUGAUGUUCUGAUCUAUGUCAUUGACAGUGCCGACCGGAAAAGGUUUGAAGAAACGGGGCAGGAGCUCGCUGAACUAUUGGAUGAAGAGAAACUAAGUGGUGUUGCUGUUCUCAUUUUUGCCAACAAGCAAGAUUUGCUGACAGCUGCCCCAGCAUCUGAGAUAGCUGAGGGAUUGAACCUGCAUACAAUCCGUGACCGUGUCUGGCAAAUCCAGUCUUGUUCUGCGCUCACAGGAGAAGGUGUACAGGAUGGGAUGAAUUGGGUCUGCAAAAAUGUCAAUUCAAAGAAGAAAUGAAAUUGGCUCAAGUACAAAGGAAGGAACCAGUUGGACCAUUUCUACUUUGAUGAUGAUAAUUAAUUGUUAUUGACCAAAUUCCCCUCUCUUCGCAAUUUUAGCUCUGAACCCAGAAGCCACAUGGGAUUAAUGUAUCUGAUGUACCAUCUGAAUUUCUGGAAUCCUUUUAUAAAUACUGUAUGUGUUUUGUGAAUGUUUCUGCAAUAUAUAAUUUUGUGCAUUUCAUACUAUCCUUCCGAAUACACUGUGCUGCAAACUGCAUGGACUGAUGUGUGAUAAUAACUCUUGUGACUCAUGCCCGUAUUUUCUUUGUUAGCAUUGUUAUCUGUAAAUUACAAUUGUUGCCUGUUUUCACUCCUCCUAACUUAAUGUUCCUCUUCACAAGACUUAUUUCCCCUCGCGUUUGUGCGGAUGAACCAUUGUCUAUAUUUCAACCUCUACUGAUUUGAUUGCCCUUUAUGGGGAUACAUAUCCAUUUUCCAAUGUAUAAUUAAAUAUAUAUUUUAAUCAGAAUGAUUUGCCAUGCAUAUCCUCGAGGAAUUAUUUCUCUCUCCUGUUCCUUUGUGGAUGCACAAAUCUCUGGCGCACCAUUUCUCUGAAAUCUAAAUUGUGGAGGUGCAAGACAGAAAAACAGGUUGGAUAGGCGUAUGGUUCAGUCGUAUGAUGCAGCCAAUAGAUCCAAAGCAAAAGAACCGCAGUAAAUUUUACCCAGAGCUCGUUGACAACCUAAAUUGAUCCAGAAACUGUCCACAUGUACACAAGCAUGUUUGAACUGCAUGCAACUGAUAAAUUGCCCUAGUCAUGUUGGGGUUUUUUUUAAACAGAUUUUGGUUUAUAGAAUCCAUUUCUUGCGAGGCUUUUGUUUUCACCUCUUGGAUAGGAAAGCAGCAAAGCAAAUGAUUGGCAAAGCUGUAGUGCCGAGGCUUGGCUGAUUUAAAUCAUCUUUAAUGAGCUGCGAGCAGAUUUGCCAUUAAAGAGUUGGAGAGAAAGCAGCUGCCCGGCCGUAGGAAUAGAGUAGGGGAGUGGCUGCCAAAGCCUGAGGGGAAAGAUCCCUGGCAUAAGGUAAAUUCUUGGUGUGUGACCAUUGUGAUUGUCUGUUGUGCUGUGUCAAUGGGGGUACCUGUACCUUUCGAUGUUACUUAUUUGCUUUAAAUUUGAUCAUUCCUUUUGGUUUAGAUAAGGCAGAACACUUAAAAGUGUGCAUUCCAGUGUCUGGAAUGUUUUCCUUGGGUUAAUGCUGGUUACUUUUAAAUGCAGAUUUAGCACAGUGAACUGAACCAGGUUUCUUCAUCUACAAUACGUGCUGCAGUUGAAAUGAUGGUGGUGGAAGAACUGGGGGCAUUUAACACAAGGGAGGUGGAACGUAUACAUUCAGCCUCACAAGUCUUGGCAUACAACGGAUAUGCCUGCCUGCAAAUAAGAAUUUAGGUUAUUUUUUCAGUUAGUAAAACAGCUUAUCGGCUAUGAAUGAAUCUAACUAGUUAGGAGGCUGAAAUCUAAUGUUCGCUGCGGUAUUGAGUUCACUGUUAAAGGAAAAGCGAAAAUAUCUAUUAUUGCAGUGUUUUAUUACGUGGAAAUAGUUGUGCAGGUUGAAGCAGUGAUUUGCUGGUCAUCUUUGGACGUUUUAGAUUUUUUUUUUCCUUGAUUUUAAUUGCUACUCCUAGUUGGGAAUGCUUCCUAGUCUGUCCCAGUAGGCAUGGAUAUCCUGUUUGUUCCCCCAGCAUGUUUAUUACUAACUGAAUCGCGCUACUGUGCAUGUUCUAAGAUGCAUCAUCCUAGACAGAGCCGCAUUAUGGUAGCUGAAAUACUAUCUAGAGAAUUAUCCCUUGACUUUGAAAACUGAAACAUUCACCUAGUUUCUUCAUCAUACAGUGUGUGGAAAGGAACUGCAGAUGCUGGUAUAUACCGAAGAAAGACACAAAGUGCUGGAGUAACUCAGCGGGACAGGCAGCAUCUCUGGAGAAAAAGAAUGGGUGAUGUUUUGGAACGAGACCUGCUUGAAGAAGGGCCCUGACCCAAAGCAUCACCCAUUCUUUUUCUCCAGGGAUGCUGCCUGACUCACCAAGUUACCCCAGCACUUUAUGUUGAGCUUCUUCAUCAUGCAAUGCUGGUCUGACUCCGAUGCACUUCUGUCUCUGCGGGAUUCUUGUGAAGGGAAUGUCAAGUUCUGAAUCCCGGGAAUAGUUCUGCUGAGCAGCGUUGACGAGGCUUGAGAUGGCGCCAAAGAUCGUUCCAAUUUUCAUUUUAAAUCUUUGGGAAAUAGCUGUUGGUGCACAGGUCUCCAGGAGUCCACAGUCGGUGUUGUAGCAAUGGGUCAGCUUGGCCUGCUUUUUUUUCAACGUGUAGAUUAUUGUUGUGAUAUUGAUUGUCAGAAGUUAAAACAUGUUAUAUAUGUUUGUGCACAAGGUUGUGGAAGUAGCUGGAGCUAUAUGUUGUGGCAGAGCAGUCUGACCUUUUAACUUGAUAUUUUCCUCUCAGUAUUAAACUAAUUUUUUUGAUUCAAAAGAAAAGGUUGCUCCCAUUGAAAUAGGCUGAAAUAAUCGGACUUGAGGCUUUCUUCAUUGUACUCUAGUUAACCAUGUUACUUGUCAUGGUACUUUACAUGCCACUAAUGUGCUCUUUUGCACUGUCCUCCACUGUUUCUAAUUGAACUCCAUACUUCACUCCAUGGUUUGUCUUGGUGAAUGUUACAUACAAAAGUUCUUGUAGUUGCCUUUGAUGCUACUAAACAUAAUUGAAAGGCAAGUCUUCUUUCCAUCUCACUGAGAAAGAACACAGCUGUUUUAUGAAAAUGAAUUCCAAUUAAAUGGUUGCAAAUGUGGUGUUUGAGGGUUUUCAUAUUGAAUGGAAUCACAUGGUGCCAAAAUUGGCAUGUACCAAUGUUUGCAAUGGCACUAAAACACCAAUACUAACACGACCAUCAAUGUAUUAAGAAAGCAAUAGUUCCCUGGCAAACUCUCCCUUUAAGUUUAAAGUGCAAUACCUUGCUGAUGUUGCUGAAUAAAUUCAAUAAUCGGUCAACUUUUCUCUCAGCAAUAACAAUGUGGUCUUUGAUAUUAAAGCAGCUUAGAUUGGCCUCUACACUUUGAAAACCUGAAACCUAAGCUGGAAAUGUGAACCAGGCCAGAACCAUUUUGUAAUAAAGGAUAAAUGCAUUUGGUGGAGAAUUUCAUUAGAAAAUGCAUUUACUCUCGGAUGUUAAUGAGUUGCUGUUCAUUUCAAACUUAUUUGUUCAAUUCUGCAACUUGAAUGACUGCUAAUUAACAACAUCUUCAGAUAUCCACAAACACAUAGCUUCUAAAUUUGUAAGCAUAUUCUAUGAAGGUUAGCUCCUGUGAGCAAGAUCUAAAAAUUCUGAUUUUGUAAAGUUUAUAACCACUUCGAUGGCACAUAAAAACUUAAUUUUCCCCAUAGUGUAUUGAAACAUAAUUUAGUGUAAUUCACCCCUUGCAGAGGUAUCUACAGAACACUUCACGUAUAAUAGUUUGCUGAUCUUCUGUACCCCAAAGUUAAUGAAUCUAGGAACCAUUUAAAUUUGUUUAACAUGUCAGUAAGCAGUUAAAUUUGUUUAAGAAGUGACUGAGAACAGCUCUCAUCUCAUGCUAUGAUGGAAGAGAUUUCUAUGUCAGUACACUAUUCUGUUAAUUAAGGAACUUGUGCACACAGCAAUUGCUUUUAACUGCACCUGUGGAAGAUUAAGCCAUCUCAACAUUAACAGAAGUCGUUGACCUCUCUGUUCAAAUCCAUUUUAAUUCAACUACAACCUAUUUACAGAGAGCACAGCUGACCAGCAAUAAGCCAGUCUCAAAUUUCAGCUGGGCAAAGUGCUACUUUUCUGCACCUUAAAAUUCUUGCUAUAAUUCUUCUGGCACUCCUCAUCUGCGUUAGUAGAUGGAGAUUCCCGUCCCUGAACAAUUAAGUCCAGCUUCUUGCUUCAAUCCCAGUAUUACCAAUUAUCCUUGUACAAAUAUUGUUUGUAAUUUCAUUUAUAAAUUCUGUGACCAUAGUAUAGAUGGUAGGUGGAAUGGAUACUUUUUUGAACACUAAACCUUUUGGAGAGGAUAAUAUGCUUUAUUUGGUCUUUCCUAAUGCAUUCUCUGUGAGUGAUUAUUGUACUUCAAAGCAGUAAUUUAAGCACAGGAUUGCAUUGCAGUACAACUCUAAUGGCCCUCUCUUUUUCAUGAAGUCCCUUCAUAUUUGCUUUGCCAUCUCUUUCAUUUACAAUAUUUGCAAGUUAAAUUUACCCUGGAGUUUAUCCAGCAUGUGUUUUAUUUUGUUUGUGUUCAUAAAGUGUAAAUGAUUGUGGUCCAUUAGCAUGCAGUUAGCAUUACAUCCUUCAUUGGCUGUAGAUAUUCUAUGGUUAAGUUCAUAUUGUUACUGUGUUAUCAAUUGUUUGCAGCUUUUCAAUAGUCAAAGGAUAAAGAAUGUGGUAUUUUGUCAUAGAUCACACGGUACACUUACUUCAAAUGCAGAAUGUCUUGUUCAUGAAAUAAAGACUAUUUAAUAAA